ACCACCACCAGGUCUCCCCGGACCAAAUCUCACGCGGCUCACCCGCACCACCCGGGCAGAACAACCUCCCCUCGCAUGAGCGCCCGCAGCACAUAAACCCCCUCUCCCCUCACAUCCACACAACAACAACAGCGACAACUCCAACCCCCGAACCACCACCAUGAACGGCGGCUGGGUCUUCCUCAUAAUCCUCAUCAUCGCCCUGAUCGGCGGCUACGGCGGCUGGGUCCUAUGGUCACGCAUCCGCGCCUCACGCCUGGGCCUGCCUCCCCCAUCCCUCAACCCCUUCGACCGCUCGUCCUCGGCGCCCAACUACCCAGCGCCCGCGCCCGGCGGCAUCCGCGGCUUCAUCGAGACGCAGAUCCGCAAGUUCAAGAACCGCAACAACCGCCAGGCGGCGGGGGCUUACGAGGAGCCCUCGUCGUCGUACAAUUCCGCGAGGGGCCGCGGCGCGGGCGGCCACAGGCUCGACCCGGACGAGGCGUGGAGUGCGAGGGUCGGCGACGAGGCGUACUAUGAGGAGCAGGAGUUGGGCUUGCAUGCGCCGGCCGACAACAAUACGGGAUACCAUGGUGCGAAUACGGGGUACGGCGGAGGAGGCGCGACGGGAUAUCCCGGCGCCGCCGGGGGGUACGAGGUCGAGCAGCAUCAGCAACAGCGGGGGAGGAGCAGGACGAGGGAGUAUGAGGAGGAGAGUCUGCAUACGGAUGGCAGGAGCGCGAGGGAUCCGUUCGGCGAUGAUAAUGCGGCGAGUCUGCGCGGCGUGAGUCCCAGGCCGUUGGACCACGGGCAGGACACGAGUUAUGGUGGUGCUUCGGCUGCUGGCGCCCAGAAUCCAGCGCUGAAGAAGGUGCCGACGAGUGGUAGUGCGGAGAACAGUCCUACGGAGAGGAGGUCGAUGUUCAGGGAGAAUAUGUGAGCUACGGGAACCAAAGACGACGUGGCGUGCAAGACAGCGAAUUGAGGAGCAAGGGACGACGAUCAAUUGAUCGGCCAAUCGUUC